CGAUCUAGUGUAUAACAUGGAAGCUAUGCGUGUAAUGUAUAUAUAUACAGUCAGGCAUCCAGUAUCCAGCAUGGGACUAUGUGCCAGUAUAAAUGAUAAUAAAUAGUACAACGGAUCGCACCAGUGGCUGCUUUCGAACGUUUAGUGUAUAUCGUUACGCGAGGAACGCGCGAAAGAUAAGGGGAGAGAGGAGAAUAUCGCGACAAUGUUGAACCAGGCGGUAGUCGAAGCUCUGUACUCGGCGUCGUACAUCGAAAACUACUUGGAUUGCGUGGAAAAUCUGCCGAAUGAUCUGCAGAGGCACGUCUCACGUCUACGAGAGCUAGACGCUACAUGUCAAACAUAUCUGCGCGAGGUGGAUCAGCAUCAAGAAGCAUUAAGGAACGACACGGAUUCUGCAGCUAAAAGAAGAGCAUUGUUAAGGGUACAACAGGCACUCAUUGCGGCACAAGAAAUAGGAGACGAGAAAUUGCAGAUUGUUCAGCAAGUUCAGGAUCUUAUAGAGAAUAAGGCUAGGCAGUUGGACUUGGAUUAUCGAAAUCUAGACUUUGGAAAGGAACAGGAGAAUUCCGAAUCUGUUCGCGAGUCAAAUAUAAAUAGCGGUUCAGGUAAUGCCGGUCACACAAACAGUGCAGAACGCCAGCCGAAACGCGCCAGGAGAACCAGGACCGAAACAUUGUUGGAGUCGGCACACUCCAUGGACAUGAUGGUCGGAAUGUCAGAGACGAGGUCUGCAGCGCUGUCCAGCACGAGCAAUGGAAAUCAAAAGAAGACAACAGCGGCGACAACUGGUAAGAAGAAGAAACGGAAGUCUCGGCAGGGCCAGCAGAAUCAGCAUCGCGAGGACACCCCGCCACCUCCGGAGGAUGAUCUCGCGAUUGACCCUGAUGAGCCUACUUACUGUCUAUGCGACCAGAUAUCGUACGGUGAAAUGAUCCUCUGCGACAACGACCUGUGCCCCAUAGAAUGGUUCCACUUCUCGUGUGUUUCCCUAACCACUAAGCCUAAGGGCAAGUGGUUUUGUCCUAAAUGUCGUGGCGAUCGUCCCAACGUGAUGAAGCCGAAAGCACAGUUUCUCAAAGAGCUGGAAAGAUAUAAUAAGGAGAAGGAAGAAAAGUCGUAGCGAAAACAUGGUGAAACCCUCACGAGUUUCAAAAGACUUGAAUGAAUUGAAGGCGGAAGCUUUUGUAAAAUGUAUGUGAAUUUUUCGACCCUCUUUUUCCAUGAGCACCAACAUAUCUCUUUAAAGUGUACAAAAAGUGUUUGGAAAAAGACUUAAAUGUUUGUAUGUUUCAGUACAUUUUCCUUGUUAUUAAUCAAUAAGUUAACAUUUUUAUUCAUUAAAAAUUAGAAAUAUCGGCAUACGGAUAAAAUAUCUCUGCAGUAGUAGUCCCAAAAAGCAUAUGGUUGCAAUAUAAAAUAAUGUAAAUGUAAUAAAAAGUAAAGAUGAUAGACUAUGUAGAAAUAAUUCUGAAGCAUCAGAAUGAUGGAGGCAAAUUCUUCGCGUACCUAGAGUUUCAUAUUUAAAAUACUAACGAGAUGUAUGUGAAUUAUGAUAUAAAAGACGUUUAUUGUAUUUUGUCAAAACUUUCGUUUCUUUAAAAAGGAAAAUCAAUUUGUAAAAGAGAAAUAAAUGUAGAAUAUUUUAUAUAAUAUGCUAAGAUUGUAAGUAGAGUUGUACGAGUUGUGUGUUGGAAAACUAGUAAAGAAUUUAUAAAGACA